AUGGCAGGUCCAGAAACUGAUACCCAGUUCCAAUUCACUGGUAUCAAAAACUAUUUCAACACUUACACUCUCACAGGGAGAAUGAAUUGUGUACUGGCCACAUACAAAGGUAUUGCUUUGAUAGUCUUCCACUUUAAGUUAAGGUCUAAAAAACUCCAGCUGUGA